UGUAAUAACAAUUCAUAACUGUUUGUUUUGACACAAAUAGGAUGCGAAUCUGUUGACUAUAGUGGUAAGAGAAUAAUUUUUCAUGGAAAGGAAAGCAUUAGAAAGUGAGGCAAGUCAUGAAAACUCCAACUAUACUCAGGCUGAUCAUGAAAUUCCAGUAAUAUACUACCUUUCUACAAAUGGACAGCUUGAGCAUCCUCAUCUCAUGUAUGUUUCAAUCUCUUCUUCACACAGAACACCGCGACUUAAAGAUGUGAUAAAUAGGUUGAGUUCUCUCCGAGGACAAGGAAUUGCCAACAUGUAUUCUUGGUCUAUCAAAAGGAGUUACGGAAACGAGUAUGUGUGGCAAGAUUUAUCCGAGAACGAUUUUAUUUACCCGAGUAGCAGCCAUGAAUAUGUCCUCAAAGGAACACAACUCAUAGAACCUUCAAGGUAUACAUCCAAUGAAACAAUAUUAUCAAUGCCAAGCUCCAAAAGUUCCAAUGAAAGAAACAGUUAUAGCACGGAUGCUGCAGACUCCCCUUCUUCCACCAUGAAGGACUCGCAACGCGAUUGUAAGCUUUACAAGGCAAAAGUAUGCAGGGAUUUUGCUGAGAAAUCUUCUAAUGCUUCGACACAGACGAAGGAGAUGACAAGUAGGAAUAGGAUGGAAAUGGAUCAGCAAGGUGAAAGGCGUUGUCAUGGAAAUGCUGCUGCAAGGAAAUUUGAUGAGAAUAGAGGGUCUUUGUCAUUAUCCAGCUCCAAUUUUGAAUCAUUGGAAGGGUACUCUUUGGAAUCAGAAGAUAUCAGAAACCAAAAGAUAGAGAAUGAACGUCCAAGUGGGAGGAUGAGAGCAACACAAGUUCUCAUGCAGUUGGUCAGUUGUAAAAGUAUUAGAGAGGAACUCUAAGUCGCUCAAAUUUGACUCACUUUGCAGUUUUUAUGAGUUAUUGUUAAUAUAUUUAUUAAUUAUGAUCAUUGGAUGUAUUUGCAUUGAGUUUUGUUCUAUAUGGAUGGUGA